AUGUGGCCAGAACUGCCCCAGUCGGCCGUACGGCCAGAGACCCUCCAGGCUGACCUGCCUGUCCCUGCCCCCUCAGACAGCACUGUACAGUGGCAAUACGCAAGCUUAGGAAAGGAAGGAAGAGAGUUCAUGGCCAGACAGCAAGGAAAUGGCCAGGAGCUGCCAAGUGGUUCUGGGUCCCGCAGUUUAGAGGUGGCCCAUGUAAUACAAACAGCUCAACUCUCUGCAUUCCAGUUUGCCCCUCUGAUGCUCAAAUGGGCACUCAGUAGAAAUCGUGAUCAAGUUCAAGAUAAGGAUUGCCUAAAAAUAUGGGAAUCAUUAAAACAUGCGUUCAUUUACAAGAAUCCUUGUAAUAUUACAUCAGAAGAUUAUCAGCCUUUAAUGGAGUUAGCGAGUCAUCCUAUACCCUGUAACAAGUCACUGUUUUGGAGCAAGACAAGUGACCUCGCUCAUCGUUAUACAAAAUCCAAUCAAAAUUUCCUUACCUUGGAGGACACCUUGUUGGGUUAUAUGGCUGAUAGGGUUUCGUGGUGUGGAGACCCCUCUGCCCCAGGAAUCAACUAUGAAUCUUGUCCAAAACGAAGCGAAUGUGAGAGCAACCCUAGCUCUGUAUUCUGGAAAAUGGCAUCCAAGAUGUUUGCAGAAGCAGCAUGUGGUGUGGUUCAAGUGAUGCUCAAUGGAUCAGUAGAAGCUGGAGCUUUCAGAAGCAGCAGCAUCUUUGGAAGUAUUGAGAUCUUUAACCUAAAUCCAGAUAAAGUCUCUGCAGUACACAUAUGGCUUAUGCAUGACAUUGGUGGACCUCAAAGUGAAUCCUGCUCAGGUCAUUCCAUAAAGAGGUUAAAAAGCAUCUUAGAAGAGCGAAACUUUAAGAUCACUUGUGAAGACAAUUACAGGCCGGUUCAGCUCCUUCAGUGUGUGCAUAACCCUGACCACACAGACUGCAGACUUUGCACCAACACCACGGCAACUCCAUGAAACGGAGUCCUCCGCACUA